UAACAAGUUGGGAAAAUUUAAAUGAAACCUUCAACCCCUCAGACACAGCAGCAGCAAUCCCAACAUAAAACCUUCCAUGUCUGAGCUGAGGGUUGUUCUGCUGGGGAACAGCUGGUCUUUGAGGAGAGAUGUGGGGAACUUCAUAGUGGGAGAGACUGAGUUCAGCACUGUGGAGCCGGACUGCUGUGAGACAAGUAGACCACUGAAGGAAAAGAAACUCGUUCUCAUCAGCACUCCAGAUCUGCUGCUUCCAAACAUCUCUGAGGACAAACUGAAGGAACAUGUGAAAAACUGUGUGAUGCUCUCUGAUCCUGGACCUCAUGUGUUCCUGCUGGUUCUGCAGCUUGAAGACUUCACUGAGGAGCACAAACAGAGACUCUGCAGAGCCCUUCAGCUCUUCAGUGAUCGAUCAUUUGACCAUUCACUAAUUUUCAUGUCAACAUGCAGAGAGGAGAGCUCAUUUGAAAACUGUGUGACUCAUCCACCGUUAAAUGACAUAAUCAGACUGUGCAGAUACAGAUACCUGUGGCAGAAGAGCUUUGAACAUUCAGAGCUGUUAACACGUUUGGUUCAAACAGCGAAGGAGAUAAAUGAAGAUCAUCUGAGCUGUGAUGUAUUUGAGGAUGAGGAUGGUGGAUUAUUCAUGAGACCAAAGUCUGUUUUAAACCUGGUUCUGUGUGGGAGGAGAGGAGCAGGGAAGACUUCAGCAGCCAAGGCCAUUUUAGGUCAGACAGAGCUUCAUUCAGUCUCCAACUCAUCAGAGUGUGUUAAACAUCAGGGAGAGGUGUGUGGACGUUGGGUUUCCCUGGUGGAGCUGCCUGCCUUGUAUGGAAAACCUCAGGAGGCAGUGAUGGAAGAAUCACUCAGGUGUAUCUCCCUCUGUGAUCCUGAGGGUGUCCACGCCUUCAUCCUGGUCCUACCUGUGGAUUCCCUCACUGAUGAAGACAAGGGAGAGUUAGAGACCAUCCAGAACACAUUCAGCUCUCGAGUCAAUGACUUCACCAUGAUUCUGUUCACUGUGGACUCAGAUCCUACAGAUCCAACUGUUCUUAACUUUUUAAAGAAAAACCAGGACAUCCAGGAGCUCUGUGAGAGCUGUGGAGGAAGAUCUGUUGUUCUCAACAUCAAGGACAAACAGCCGAUCCCAGAGAUGUUUGAGGUUGUGGCAAGGGUGUAG